UUGAAAGGGCUUGCAAAGGCUGUGAGAGAAACAGAGACCAUGGAUGCCCGAUGGCUUGACUACCCUGCCUCUGGAGACUUGCCAGAUGAUGAAGACAUCAGCGAAUUUGGGCCUCACGUAACUUCUGAUGGGUUAGAUAUAGAUGAGGCGUCUGGGUCUGGAGACUACUUGGACUCUGAAGAUGCCAUUUAUCUGACCACCAUGGAUACUCCUGUGAUAUCUGACAACUAUAUUCCUGGAGAUACUGAGAGAAAGAUGGAAGGUGAGAAGAAAAACACGAUGGUAGACAAUGAAAUCAUUCCAGACAAAGCUGUACCUGUCGAAGAGAACCUGUCCAACAAGAUCUCCAUGGCAAGCACAGCCAACAGCAGCAUCUUUGAAAGAACAGAAGUCCUUACAGCUCUCAUUGCAGGAGGGGCAGUGGGCCUCCUGUUUGCUGUCUUCCUGAUCCUCCUCUUAGUCUACCGCAUGAAGAAAAAGGAUGAAGGCAGUUACGACCUUGGGAAGAAACCGAUCUACAAGAAAGCCCCUACAAAUGAGUUCUAUGCUUAAAGCUCAGCAGCACCUUGCGCCCAUCAAGGGACAGGCAGACUGUAUGGAAACACUGUGCCCUCAGAUGAGAUGUGCUGAACAAAUGCUCGUUUUGGAUUGAAUUUCAAAGCUACUUCGAGAAAAAACAAACCUCCUACGUGACCCUUCCCAUCCCGCUCAGCUAACAAGGGCCCAAUGAAAUACAAAGAGUCUGAAAAAAAAACCCCUCAGAGUAAUUUUUUUUUUUUCUAAAGCUAGUGUAAAAAGAAUAAAGAUGCCAAAUUUUCUGCUAGCUUUUAUAGAGGGUAUAUAAACACAAAACAGACUGUGUGGAAGCAAGCACCAUGUGUUUGCCUCCAGUGUGCUGUGCUUCUGUAGAGGAUGGCUUUUUUUUUUUAUAAACCUUGUUAGUAGAUGUCUUGCAGCAGGCUGUGAUGUGCAGCGUUUUUGUGGAGAACUAUUUAUGAAUCUCUUACACUACAGAUAAUGUUGCCUUAUCAGGGAAUAAAAGUCCUGUGGGGCUCAAAAUCCCUGAAUGCCAUAAAGGGCCUGUGGGAAUGUCUUCCCAGGAGACUUCUGUCUGCUCCUGUGGGCCCCAGGCGAGGGUCAUUAGUCCAUGGAAUCAGGACAGCCAGUUUUGUUUGGCUAUGACGACACCCUUUCCUUGCCUUCAGUCUCUUACCUUUUUUUAAGGGUUGCUUGUAGGAU